GAACUGGAGAGGUCAACUUGACGGAAGUUAACAGCGGAAAAACACAGGACAUGUGGAAACGAUCGUAUUAUAGAAUUUAUUUGUGUGAACAUAUGUUCUUUAUCUGAAUCUAAUUCUCUCUACAAGAACUCAAGUUGCUGUCUUUCUUUGUACAAACAUCGACACCACAGACAGAGAGACAUGUUGGAUUUCUAAAGAACAAAGGAAUCAUUAUUUUGGGAUAAUAUUUAAUUAAAAGACGAUGAUUGGGUUGUACUCGGCCACCAUAUUGUUGGUGGUGACGUGUCUGUAUCCUAGCAACUGUCAGACACCUGACAACAUCUGUCAAUCAUCAGCAUAUCGUAAUCUACCACCAGGACUUCAGAAUGAACAUCAGUGUAUGGUCCUAGAACGUUUACAACGUGACAUGCAGAACGAAAAAUUAACAAGAGACAGGCAAUUCAACAGUAUCCUUACGAAGUUGUCUCGACUUGAUAUUAAAAUGCAAGCUGGAUUUCAUCGUGUUAAAGAUAUACCGAGUGCCAACAGAGCGAGAGGAUUCCCAGCUCUUAAAGAUAUAACAGUGGCAAGAAAUUGUUACGAACUGAAAAUGAGUGGUCUCAAUCUUAGUGGAGUUUAUCCUCUUAAACUUCCCAGUGGAUACGUUGUUAAUGUUUGGUGCGAUAUGGAAAUGCAGGGUGGUGGAUGGACCGUCAUUCAGCGACGUUUUGACGGAUCAGUGAACUUUACGCGAGGAUGGGACGAUUACGCUUUUGGAUUCGGAAACGUGAAUUCCGAGUUUUGGUUGGGUAAUGAGAAUAUAUAUUACAUGUUACGCAACACGAAUUACACGCUACGGAUAGACCUCCUGGACUGGGAGGAUCAGCACGCAUGGGCACAGUAUGAUUAUUUUAAAGUGGCGAGUGAAGAGAAUAAAUACAAGCUGACGGUCAAUGGAUUCUCGGGGACGGCCGGAGAUUCCCUCGCCUAUCACAAUAAUAUGUUCUUCAGUACCAUGGAUCGCGAUCACGACAAAUGGUACGCUAGUUGCUCCCAUAAAGAUCGGUCCGGUUGGUGGUUUAAUGCCUGCAGUUACGCGUCCCUUAAUGGAAUAUUUCACCCCAACGGAGAACAGAAUAUCACACCAGAUGGCGUUAUUACUGGCAUCACGUGGUUCGAAUGGAAACAGAACCUCGCGUAUUCGAUGAAGCGCGUGGAGAUGAAGAUCAAACCGAGGGUAGCCUUAAUGGCGGAAGCAGAAGGCCUCAUCGGUGGAUAUGACUGAUUUUAACAGUUUGUAUUUCUGAACGAAUAUACCGACAUUUAUUCGUAGAUAACUUUCUUGUUUUUACUAAAAUGGUAAA